AUGCAAGCAUCUCUUACUGUUCCCGGGUCAAAUAUGAAUGAACUUUCUGAUCAUUUUUAUAAACGAUCAUCAUUUCAUGAAGUGGUUCUUCGUACACAAAAAUUAAUGCGUGUUAUAAAAACAAUGAAUAGUAUUAGUGAAAUCAAAAAAGAAGAUAUUCGACAACCAUGGGAAAUCCCAAUGGAAAAAACAACAUCAAAAGAAAGUAGUGAUACAUCAAGUGCAACAUCCGGAUUAAGUUUACAAGGAAAUAGAACAGGUAUAACAGCUAGUUCACGUCGACUUGGUCAAAAAUUUAUUAUUCUUCAUUAUUCACCAUUUAAAGCUGUAUGGGAUUGGGUAAUUUUUUUACUCGUUUUAUAUACUGGUAUAAUAACACCUUAUACAAUAUCAUUUCUAUCGGAUGAUGAUCAAAAACGAACAAAUUUAAAUGCAUUACCAUCAACAAGACAAUUUAAUCGUGAAAGAACAAGUAUUCAUGUAUUAAUUAUUGUUGAUGUACUUGUUGAUAUGAUGUUUGUUUUUGAUAUUUUAAUUAGUUUUCGAACAACAUUUGUUUUAAAAGAAACAAAUGAAGUAAUAACAAGUUCAAUAUUAAUUGCUAAACAUUUUGUUAUUGAUUCAUGGAGACGUUUUGCUAUUGAUAUACUUGGUGCUUUACCAUGGGAUAUACUUUUCUAUGGUAAUGGAAGUCAUUCGAGUAUGCGUUUAGCAAAUUGUUUUAAAUUAGCACGACUUUUAAGACUUGUUGCAUUCAUUCGAAAUUUUCAAAAAACUGAAUAUCGAUCAGCUGCUUUAUUUUUUCUUAUGCUUCUUUUUGCUAUUGCUGCACAUUGGCUUGCUUGUAUAUUUCAUUUUAUUGCUAUACUUGAAAGACCAAACUUACAAAUUAAAUAUUCAUGGCUUGAUCAUCUUGCUGAAAAAUAUAAAAUGCCUUAUCUUAUAAAUGAUACAUUAAGUGGACCAGAUUUAAAAUCAAAAUAUUUAACUGCACUUUUCUUUGCUAUGACAUCACUUACAUCAGUUGGUUUUGGAAAUGUUGCAGCGAAUACAAAUGGUGAAAAACUUUUUUCUAUUCUAUCAAUGUUAGCUGGAUCAUUUUUAAGUGCAUCUAUUCUUGGAAGUGUAACAACAAUUAUUAUUAAAUUAUAUCAAGGUGCUGAAGAAUUAAAAGAAAUGAAACAAAGUAUUGAUGAUUUUAUAAAACAUCAUCGUAUAUGUAAACAACUUGCUAAACGAAUGCAAGAUUCAUUUGAACAUGAAUGGAAAAAUACAAAAGGUAUUGAUAUGAAUAGUAUACUUAAAACAUUUCCAGAAUGUAUUCAAGCUGAUAUAUGUUUACAUCUUAAUCGUGAAUUAUUAAAUAAUUGUUCAGUUUUUAAAUAUGCUAAUGAAACUACUCUUCGAACAUUAGCUCUUCUUUUUAAAUCAACUCAUGUUCCUCCAGGUGAUACACUUAUUCAUCAAGGUGAUGUUCUCUAUUCAAUUUAUUUUAUUCGUGGUGGUCAAAUGGAAAUCUUACAAAAUAAUGAAUUACAAGCUAUACUUGGUCGUAAUGAUAUUCUUGGUGAAAAUCCAUGUAAUACAAUAACACCAGGAAAAUCAAGAUGUGUUGCUAGAGGUUUAACUUAUUGUACAUUAAAUAAAAUUCAUCGUGAUGAUUUACUUCAUGUUUUAAAACUUUAUCCUGAUUUUGCUAAAUCAUUUAUAGAACGAUUUUAUGUAACAUUUGAUCUUCGACAAUGUGAAUUAAAUGAAUCAAAACCAUUUUAUAAAUUAGAUAAUGAUAUUCAAAUACUUAUUAAAGAACGUAAUCCAAAAUUACAAACCAAAGAACAAUUAAGUAUAUUUUGUUCACGAGAUGAUGAAGCAAAUCAUUUGUCUAAUUCACGAUCUCAUCGUGGUAUUCAUAUGAGUACUGAUUCUGGUACAGGACGACAAAUGACAACUAUUGUUGAAUUAUCACCUGAACAAAUACAAACAUCACUGGAUGAUCUUUAUUUUGAACAUGACGAAACAUUAACAUCUUUGAUACCUUUAGCUCAAGCAACAUUAACAAGUGCCUUUUCAACAAUUGUUGCAAUAUCAACAAAUACUAAACCAACUACAGUUGAUUCUCAAAAAAUAAAAGAAUCAAAGAAUUCUUUACCAAUAAAAGAAUCAAAGAAUUCAUUACCAAUAAAAGAAACAAAUUUACCAUCAACAAAAAUUAGUCCAUUAGAGAAAUAUGAAAAUAAUCCAGUACGAAGUAUGGCAGAUGUCGAUGCUGAAUUAGAACUUUUACAAAUACGUUUGGAUACUUUAGAACAUAUUGUAGAUGAUAGAAUGAAAAUGUUAAUUCAUGUUGCCAAUAAUAUUGUAUUAACAAAUACUCAUCAAUCAAACAGUGAUUCUAAUCAAUCAAAUGAAAUAACCGAUGAUAAGAAAUGUUUUGUAAUCGACAAAUUACUUUUUACCAAAGAUAAAUAA